AUGAACGAGCAAUACAUUUCUCAGCUGGAAUCUUGGUGCUCUCUUCUUUACACCUCGAACAACGCACAGGUAAUUUCUAACCAGGAGCGAAAAAAUGCUGAACAAGCCAUAUACAGUGCCUUAGAAACUUCAGAAAAUUUUGAGAAUCUUUUAUCAAUCCUUCGUAUUUCCCAAAAUCUUCAGCUGAAUUAUUUAACUCUUACUCCCCUCCCUCCGUGAGCGAACAAAACCAUUGGAAAAUCCCUAUUUUUUGCCCAAAAAUCCACCCUUCGUGAGUGAACAAAAAAAAUUUUAAUAGAAAAAAUUUUUUAUGAAAAAAAAUUAUAUAAGUGAUAAUUAGUAUAGUGAAAUACACUAUGUAGCACGGGGCUUUUUUGGCUGGAACUUGAGCCAAAAAGUCCCGCGCUACAUAGUGUAUUUCACAAUAUAAUGAAAUCUCGAGCUAAUUCUGUUUAAUUUUAAACAAAUUACGUUUUAAAACAUAAAUUUUAUAAAUUAAUAUUUGCUUUCCAAUUUUUGUGAUGUGGAUUUUUUUUAAAUUUUCGAAAAAAAAAUUCUAUAAAAUUUUAUAUAUAAUUUUGUUUAAAAAUAAAAUUAACCCCCCCUCUGUGAGCGAAAAAAUUUUUUUGUUCACUCACGGAGGGAGGGAGUUAGCAUUUUCACUAAGAUGCUAAUCUCAGAGUGGCGUCGUCUUCCAAUAGAUUCCAAGAAUCUUCUCUAUCAAAACAUCUUCCAAAUGUACUUUGAACAAACCAAUAAACCGUCCUACAUCUUAGCAGGUCUUGCCAAAGCGUUAGCUAGAAUUUGUCGGCUUGGAUGGUUUGAGCUUGAAGUUAUUCCACAAACGGUCCGAACGAUUCAAGAAAUGAUAAACCAAAACUUGUUUGUUGCAGAAAUUGGCUUUAAAUUCUUUGAAGAAAUCAUCACAGAAAUGGUCGAGCCUAUCAAAUUUAGGCCGCUCUCCACUAAUAGAAAAAUUGCAAUCGCGUUUAGAGAUGAUUCACUGGAAAAAAUCUUUGGAAUGUGUUGGAUUUUUAUAUCAAAAGUCCCAGAAAUUUCACUAAAUUUGAUUGUACAGAGCUUAACAGUUCUAAAUUUGUGCUUGACAUUUGAUUUUCUAGGAAUUUGUUCAGAUGAGUCUAAUGAAGAUUCUUUAAGCUUGCAAGUGCCGUUGUCAUGGAAAAUUCACUUUGAAAAUCCUGCUUAUUUAGAAUACUUAGAAUUUCUAAUACUUAACUGCUCAGACCAAGCCGAAAUUUUAGCCUUACGAGCUUUCAAUCAUAUGGGCGCUAUAAGAAAAAGCAUUUUCGGAGGCAACGUAGAGCAGCGUCAAGCAUAUGUAGGAAAAUACUUAAAAGUGUUAGAAGAAAUCAUAAAAAACAAAAAUCUUGUCGGGGACAGCAAAUUCGAGUAUAUCCAAACCUCAAAGCGCUUUAUUACAAACUUUACUCUUACUCCCCCCCCAUCCUUGAUCGAACGACUCGCCAUCGUUCGAUCAAGGAUGGGGGUUAAAAAAAAAUUUUUGGGAAAAAAUUUUAUAUAAAAAAUAAAAAAUAUAUAUAUAUAGAGUAUUUAAUAAUUAUUUUUACAGCAAAAAAUUUAAUUAAUUUCAUAAAUACCAAUUUUUAAUAUUUUUAUUUAUUAGUUAUCCCUUUAAACUGUAUAAAUUUUAAUUUGUUCCUUAUUAAAUUAAAUUUGUUUUUAAAAAUUUGAAAGAAUCUCUAUUUUAUUAGAUUAUUGAGUUUUUAAGCUUAUGUUGAUAACUAUAGAAGUUUCCUAUGUUUGGCGCUGUAAGGCCGAUAAAUUCUGAUCGGAAUUUAUCGGUUGGUUGCACCAAAUCAAUGCCUUGGUCGGACCAAAAAGCGAUUUGGUCCGACGAACUUGGAAAGCUCCUGGGGAAAUGUCUGCGCUUUCAGCGCUAUAUAGAGGAAACCUCUAUAAAUCACUUCGGAUAGUUGAUUCCGCAGCUUUCUGUCGUCUCAACGCUCUGAAAACAACUUCAUUAUGAACAUCUUCCCAAGCUUUUGAUAAAUAAUAUAUUUUUAUAUAUAUAAAAAAAUUGUCAUGAUAUGAAAAUCGUUCGAUCAAGGAUGGGGGUUAAUUUCCCCAAUUUUUUAGGAAUUUUUACAGUCAAUCGUUCGAUCAAGGAUGGGGGGGAGUUAGAGAUAUAACACCUCUAGCUUCCUUUUGGAGCUGACUAGAAGCCUUAGCUAAUUAUUCAGCUGUCGCUUUUUCUAAUAGAUCUUCUGUCGUUUCUGGCUUCGAAAGCUCAUUGUUUAUAUGGAGCUACCUCGCUUAUGAGCAGCAUCAUCAGCUGUCAGCAGAUAACCAAAUAGCUUUAUAUGUCCCAGGGCUUUUUAAAGCGUUUCUGCAAUAUACAUCUAUCAAUGCCAGCCCAGAUUUACUUGACGACUCUACAGAAACAGAGCUGAAAGACCAUAUUGAGCAGAUCACGUCCUUUUGUGUUUAUUUUUAUUCAGACCUUAUAAGGGAGCUUCAAACCGUUUUUAUUGCCACGCUAUCUCUUUAUGAUGCAGCGGCUGCUCAAGGACAAAAUAAGGACCAAAUUGAGGCUCAGCUUGCUUGGCUUACUUAUAUAGCUUCAGGAUUUAUUAUUCUAAGAGAGAAAAAAUUAAAUGAAAAUGAAGACCAUUUGGACGCCCAAAUGAUAAAUUUGGUGUUCCAGUUAAUAGGGAAAAUUGAAAACAUGAAUCCUUUAGAAUGCUUGGAAUCUUCAAUUGUAUAGUGAUUAUAUUGAUUUUUUUUUCUUAAUUUUUAUAUUUGAAAAUCUAUUUUAUAUCAAAAUAUAAUAUUUAUUAACAAUUUUUUUAAUAAAAAUCGAAUAUAUUUUUUUAUGGGUCUGACCAAAUCAUAUAUAAACUCCCCACAUGACAACAUAUGGUUUUUCUUUGACAAAACCAGCUCAAAAGAAACGACUUCUGUACAAACUUUACCUGAAGACACUGUAAAAUUUGUAGUGAAAAUUGUGAUGGAAAAAUUAAUCCAAAAUUUAUCAAGAUAUCAGGACGGGAAAGCUUUAAAAUGAAGCUUAGAAUUAUUCGAAAUUUUAUGCAAGGGAUAUUACAGUAAUAAAAUUUUAGUGAAAAUUGACGUGAUGCAGAAUUUAAUGGCAAAUUAUAGAAGCUAUGGUAUCUGUGCCAACAACCCAAAAUACAAAGAAAGAGUAUACGCAGCCAUCUCGAAUUUAUGGAUAAUAGAAGAUGUAAAUGAACCUUUAGAGUCCUUUUUAAGACCGACUGGGGCCUAUAUCCGAGAGCUUAUAAAUUCUCCUUCAUCUAUUAAUUUAGUCCAUUUAUUUAGAGAGCUCAAAGGAAUCUGCUCUACUUUUCAGUCACAAAGACAUUAUGUCGAUUUCUUUGAAUGGUUUUAUGAAGGGAAUUUAGAUAUUAUUUUUACAGCGUCUACAAAUUUUAUUUAUGACGACUCUGUCAUGAAUUCUUUGUUAGCUUUUCUAGCAGAGCUUGUUUUUUCAAGAAAUUCUAGGAUUAGGUUUGAUAUUGCGUGCGCCUAUGGGAUUAUUUUGUUUACUCCCCCUCUGUGAGCGAGCAAAAAAAUUUUUUUGCUUACGGAGGGGUUAAUUAAAAAUUUAGAUAUACAUUUUAUAGUAAAAUUUUUAAAAUAAAUCCCAAUUUAAAGCAAAUAUUAAUUUAAUUUUUAAAAAAAAUUUUUGUUUUAAAAUGCAAGCUGUUAAAAAUUAAAUAUAAUAAUUAUCAAUUAUAUAAUCAAAAUAUUUUCAUAAAAACUUUGUUCGCUUACGGAGGGUGGGUUUUUACCCAAAAAAUAGGAUUUUUCCAAAUAAAUUUGUUUGCUCACAGAGGAGGGGAUUAGGAAUUUAAGCAAUAUUUUGAUGAGCUAUGGGAAAGCGAUAUUAGAAAAUAAUAUUGCGCCAGCGGAGUAUUAUAAAAAAUUAUACUAUGCAACAAUGAAAUUUUAUUUUUAAAAAAAAAUAAAUAUUUGACAUCACAAUUACCAAAAAAAUGCAUAAAAAGAAUUUUGGAAAUUAUGGCAAAAAUGAUGAGUGGUGGAUAUGUCAGUUUCGGUAUUUUCGAAGUAUAUGGCGAUACUUGCUUUUUAGAAUCCCUAGGCACCUGUUUUGAACUCAUAGAAAAGAUUCCUCGAGACGACGCAGUUGUAUCUUUUAUUUAGGCCUAUUCCAAACUUCUCGACGUAAUCUACGAAUUUUUAGAGCUAAUCUGCAAAAGCCACUUAAAAACUGUAUUUUCCCAGCUGAGAUCUUCUUAUUUUUCUGCUAUUGUAUUUUUCUUACUCCGAGGAGUCAAAGCUUCCAGUAUUUUCUAUUCAGACAUGAAACACUGCCUAUCCACCGCAAACUCUAUCACUUAUAUGUGCGAAUUUAUCAUAAAAACCAGCCAAAAAGACAAUAAUGAUUCACAAGCAAUCAACAGAGUUUUUAAUGACUUCCCUGGCUGCCUUUCAGAGCUGCUAACUGCUGUAUUAGAAGUUGUACUAAAUGAGGAUUCUAAUUAUAUGUGAUCGUUAAGUAAACCUCUGCUAGGACUGAUUAUUAUUAAUGAAAAUUCUUUUGAGCAGAUCAAAAAUUAUGUGAUUUCUGGAGCGUCAAGCAAUUUAGAGACCCAACAAAGCUUGAAUGCAUCGCUAUCAAAAUUAAUGAAUGGGGUAUCUAGAAGUAUGGACCAGAAAAAUAGAGACCGCUUUUCGAAAAACUUCACAGAAAUGAGGCAAGCCAUAACUUCAGUUAAUUAA